GAAACCUUAUGUGGUUUGUUUAGUUUUUUGUAACUUUGCACAUGCAGAUGACUUUAUUUCCCUGAGAUAUAAACCCAAGAUCAUCAAAUACUGAAAUGUCAGCAGUGAAACAAGAAGUUUCGGAGAUUUCUAUACCGGUCCCAUGGGGAGAGAUCAAAGGUAAAGCCUGGGGUCCUGAACACGGCCACCCGGUGCUGUGCCUGCAUGGCUGGGCAGAUAACUGUGGUUCAUUCAACACCCUCAUUCCCGUCUUACCUAAAGAAUGCAGAUACGUGGCAGUGGACAUGCCAGGUCACGGUCUGUCAUCCCACCGACCUCCUGGAGUCUUCUACUCAUUCCCUGCAUAUGUAGCAGACGUACGCAGAGUUGCUGAAAGUCUGUGCUGGACAAAGUUCUCCAUCAUGGGUCACAGUAUGGGUGGCAACAUUGCAGUCAUGUUCAGUGCAGUGUAUCCCGAGAUGGUGGAUGCCGUUAUAGCGCUGGACGUUUUUGGAUUUGUACCUACAGAGCUGAAAAGAAUACCCCAAAUCAUGAGGCAGGGGAUGGAUGAGAUGCUCAAGUUUGAAAAAAAGACAGAAGAGAAGAAAAGAGUUUACACAUAUGAAAAGGCAGUGGAGAGGCUGUUGACUGCAAACCCGACUCUGUCUGAACAGUCUGUUCAAAUGCUUUUACAGCGAGGUCUGACUCAGGUUGAAGAAGGAUUUGUGUUCUCGAGAGACCUCCGAGUUAAUUUUAAAAACAUAGUGCGGAUCACAUUGGAGCAAAGCCUGGAGAUGCAGUCUAUGAUUCAGGCCCCUGUUUUACUUAUUCUUGCAGACAAAGGCAUCGGUCCAAAAUUGAACCCAAAAUUCACUUGGGAACUUCUCCAAGUCUAUCGGGAAAGAAAUGACACUGUGGUGACAGUACCUGGCAGCCAUCAUGUACAUCUUGAUAAUCCUGAAGUUGUUGCUCCAUUUAUUUGUGACUUCCUGCUGACCAAAGUGCUCUCACAGCCGCUGAGAGCCUAGUGGACAGGAUGUAACCAUCACACAUUCUCGUUGUGAAAUUUCACACUUUAAAACUCCAAGUACACUGUUCUCCUCUCUUAAAACUGGCAUUACCAUAAAAUUGUUCUAGUAAUUUCUUCUGUUCUAUGCAAACCCAACUGGAUAGUCACUUGGAAUAAUCA